CCGAGACCCGGGAGGCCGCGCCAGCCCGCGGGAGAGGCCGAGCGGGAGCCGCGGAGCAGCAGGCCGGAGCCGAGCGCCGGGGCCGGACGCCGCCCGGAGAAGAUGAAUUUACAAUUAAUUUUCUGGAUUGGACUGAUCAGUUCAAUUUGCUGUGUGUUCGGCCAAACAGAUGAAAAUAGAUGUUUAAAAGCAAAUGCCAAAUCAUGUGGAGAAUGUAUACAAGCAGGGCCAAAUUGUGGGUGGUGCACAAAUUCAACAUUUUUACAAGAAGGAAUGCCAACUUCUGCACGAUGUGAUGAUUUAGAAGCCUUGAAAAAGAAGGGUUGCCAUCCAGAUGACAUAGAAAAUCCCAGAGGCUCCAAAGUUAUAAAGAAAAAUAAAAAUGUAACCAACCGUAGCAAAGGAACAGCAGAGAAGCUUCAGCCUGAAGAUAUUACUCAGAUCCAGCCACAGCAGUUGGUUUUGCAGUUACGGUCAGGGGAGCCGCAGACAUUUACACUAAAGUUCAAGCGAGCGGAAGAUUAUCCCAUAGAUCUCUACUACCUCAUGGACCUCUCCUACUCUAUGAAAGACGAUCUGGAGAAUGUCAAAAGUCUCGGGACCGACCUGAUGAAUGAAAUGAGGAGGAUUACUUCAGACUUCAGAAUCGGAUUUGGCUCAUUCGUGGAAAAAACUGUGAUGCCUUACAUUAGCACAACACCAGCUAAGCUCAGGAACCCUUGCACAAGUGAGCAGAAUUGCACCAGCCCAUUUAGCUACAAAAAUGUGCUUAGUCUUACUGAUAAAGGAGAAGUAUUUAACGAACUUGUUGGUAAACAGCGUAUAUCUGGAAAUUUGGAUUCUCCAGAAGGUGGUUUUGAUGCAAUCAUGCAAGUUGCAGUUUGUGGAUCACUGAUUGGCUGGAGGAAUGUGACACGGCUGCUGGUGUUUUCCACGGAUGCUGGGUUUCACUUUGCUGGAGACGGGAAACUUGGUGGCAUUGUUUUACCAAAUGAUGGACAGUGCCACCUGGAAAAUGAUGUGUACACAAUGAGCCAUUACUAUGAUUAUCCUUCUAUUGCUCACCUUGUCCAGAAACUCAGUGAAAAUAACAUUCAGACGAUUUUUGCAGUUACUGAAGAAUUUCAGCCUGUUUACAAGGAACUGAAAAAUUUGAUCCCUAAGUCAGCAGUAGGAACAUUAUCUGCAAAUUCUAGCAAUGUAAUUCAGUUGAUCAUUGAUGCAUACAAUUCCCUUUCCUCAGAAGUCAUUUUGGAAAACGGCAAAUUGUCAGAAGAAGUAACGAUAAGUUACAAAUCCUUCUGCAAGAACGGGGUGAAUGGAACAGGGGAAAAUGGAAGAAAAUGUUCCAAUAUUUCCAUUGGAGAUGAGGUUCAAUUUGAAAUUAGCAUAACUUCAAAUAAAUGUCCAAAUAAGGACUCUGAAGUCAUUAAAAUUAAGCCUCUGGGCUUCACUGAAGAAGUAGAGGUUAUUCUUCAGUUCAUCUGUGAGUGUGAUUGCCAAAGUGAAGGCAUCCCUGCAAGUCCAAAGUGUCAUGCGGGAAAUGGGACUUUUGAGUGCGGAGCGUGCAGAUGCAACGAGGGACGUGUUGGUAGACAUUGUGAAUGUAGCACAGAUGAGGUUAACAGUGAAGACAUGGAUGCUUACUGCAGGAAAGAAAACAGUUCAGAAAUCUGCAGUAACAACGGGGAGUGCGUCUGUGGACAGUGUGUUUGUAGGAAGAGGGACAAUACCAAUGAAAUUUACUCUGGCAAAUUCUGCGAAUGUGAUAAUUUCAACUGCGAUAGAUCCAAUGGCUUAAUUUGUGGAGGAAAUGGUGUUUGCAAGUGUCGCGUAUGUGAAUGCAACCCCAACUACACUGGCAGUGCCUGCGACUGUUCUUUGGACACGUCUACUUGUGAGGCCUCAAACGGCCAGAUCUGCAACGGCCGGGGCAUCUGUGAGUGUGGCGUCUGCAAGUGUACAGACCCCAAGUUUCAAGGGCAGACGUGUGAGAUGUGUCAGACUUGCCUCGGUGUCUGUGCUGAGCAUAAAGAAUGUGUUCAGUGCAGAGCAUUCAAUAAAGGAGAAAAGAAAGACACAUGUGCACAGGAAUGCUCGUAUUUCAACAUCACCAAGGUAGAAAAUCGGGACAAAUUGCCUCAGCCGGGCCAAGUAGACCCCCUGUCCCAUUGUAAGGAGAAGGAUGUUGAUGACUGCUGGUUCUAUUUCACAUACUCAGUCAGUGGGAAUGGAGAGAUCACUGUUCACGUUGUGGAGACUCCAGAGUGUCCCACUGGUCCAGACAUCAUCCCGAUUGUAGCUGGUGUGGUUGCAGGAAUUGUUCUUAUUGGCCUUGCCUUAUUGCUGAUAUGGAAGCUUUUAAUGAUAAUUCAUGACAGAAGGGAAUUUGCUAAAUUUGAAAAGGAGAAAAUGAAUGCCAAAUGGGACACGGGUGAAAAUCCUAUUUACAAGAGUGCCGUGACAACUGUGGUCAAUCCGAAGUAUGAGGGAAAAUAAGUACUACCUGUGCAAACUUCACAGCACUGAAUGCAAAAGUAGCAAUUUCCAUAGUCACAGUAAAAUAGCUUUAGGGCAAUAUUGCCAUGGUUUUACUCCAGUGCAGGUUUUGAAAAUGUACAAUAUGUAUAAUUAAAAAAGUUUUUUAUUAUUUUGAAAAUAAUGUUAUAAUCCAUGCCAGGGACUGACAAAAGACUUGAGACAGGAUGGUUAUCCUCGUCAGCUAAGGUCACAUUGUGCCUUUUUGACCUUUUCUUCCUGGACUAUUGAAAUCAAGCUCUUAUUGGAUUAAGCGCUACUUCUACAACGAUUGAAAAGGUGGUAGUUAAAGUACUGAACACAAGGAGGGUUUCUAUUAAUCAUGUAUUGAAACUGAUUUUUAGCUUUACAAAUAUGUCAGUUUUCAGUUAUACAGAAUCCAAAGUAAAUGUCCUGCUAGCUAGUUUAGGAUUGUUUUAAAUCUGUUAUUUUGCUAUUUGCCUAUUAGACGUGACUGAUGAUAUAUAUGAAAGACAAGGUUGUUGAGAGUUACUGGUGUAAAAUAGUUUUAAAACCAUUGCUCUAUAAAGGCCAUGGGAAAAAGUUACAGAGUUAGGAAGGAAAAACAAAUAGCUUUAAAACCUGUGUGCCAUUUUAAGAGUUACUUAAUCUUUGGUAACUUUAAUGCCUUCUCUUUAUAAAUACGAGCCUUAGAUGAAAGUGCUGGGAAAUUUUCUGCUAAAGAGUCCUUGAUUUUAGCACUAUUUACAUAAAGGCCAUAAUUUACAAAGUGUUUGCUAAAUGGGGACCUUUUAAGUUGAAUUUAUUUUAUUAUUUUUAUUUUGUUUAAUGCCUGGUGCUUUUUAUCACCUCUCCUGAUCCUUCAAUGUAUUUGUUUGCAAUUUGGGGGUAAGACGUUUUUAUCAGGACUUUUUCUUUGAAGUUUUAGCUGUAAAUUUGCCUUUUUAAUGACUGUGUGAAGUUGGACCGUGGCCUAUGUAACAGCUCUCACUUAUACGCAAGUCUCACUUUCAGUUAGUGCCGUAACAAACCACUGUAUAUUUACUUUUCACUAUUUGAGUUGCCCAUCUUGUUUCAUGCUAGUCACAUUCUUGUUUUAAGUGCCUUUUAAUUUUAACAGUUCACUUUUUACAAUGCUAUUUACUGAAGUUAUUUAUUAAAUAAAAAUGCCUAAAAUACUUCAA